CAAAGCUGGUGGUUGGACAUCUCAAGGCUCAGUUGUGAUGGGCGGGCUCCGACCCCUAAAAGGCCUCAGGUUCCACUGGCUAGCUCCUGCUGAAUGCACCCACAGUGGGUCCGACUCAGAACGACGUCCGCCUCGGAGCUCACCAAAUCGGUGUUGUGUUGCUCGCCGCUGCCUCUUUUCUGUCAUCGCCCCAGGUGGAAUCCUAAAUCCUGGCCGGUUGGAUGUCCAUAUGCCUGUCUGUUCAUUUUGGGUGACCGUGGGUCCGUGCACCCUACCCCUGCCGUGGCAUGUGCAGAGUUAAGGCGGGAGGAGGUUUCCCCGAAUCUGGGGAGGGGGAGCGAGGGGCGGACCUGGACCAGCCCCGCCCCACGCCUGAGCGGUGCCGGAGCCCCACCAGAGCCCAGCUUCAGCCCUAGCCAGAACCAGCGUCAGCGGAGGCGGAACAGCGGACCGGUGCCCUGGCGACAUCAGAGAUCCAGCGGGUGAAGGCAAGGUCCCUUGGACUGGUCAGACACAGCCUUACAGCCCUGGCAGAUUCAAGAUGAGGCCCUAUCGUGUCCCCCUCAGGGAGGCCCGCAGCCUGAACAAAUAACAUGGCCUGCCACUGGCAGUGAGCAACAUGGCUGCAGGAGGUGGCCGGGCCUUUGCUUGGCAGGUGUUCCCCCCCAUGCCCACUUGCCGGGUAUAUGGCACAGUGGCACACCAGGAUGGGCACCUGCUGGUGUUGGGGGGCUGUGGCCGGGCUGGGUUACCUCUGGACACUGCUGAGACACUGGACAUGGCCUCACACACAUGGCUAGCGUUAGCACCCCUGCCCACUGCCCGGGCUGGUGCAGCUGCUGUGGUUCUGGGGAAGCAGGUGCUAGUGGUGGGUGGCGUGGAUGAAGUCCAGAGCCCAGUAGCUGCUGUGGAGGCCUUCUUGGCUGAUGAAGGCCGCUGGGAGCGUCGGGCCACCCUCCCUCAAGCAGCCAUGGGGGUUGCUACUGUGGAGAGAGACGGUAUGGUAUAUGCCCUGGGGGGAAUGGGUCCUGACACGGCCCCCCAGGCCCAGGUACGCGUAUAUGAGCCCCGCCGGGACUGCUGGCUGUCGCUACCCUCCAUGCCCACACCCUGCUACGGGGCCUCCACCUUCCUGCAUGGGAACAAGAUCUAUGUCUUGGGAGGCCGCCAGGGCAAGCUCCCAGUGACUGCUUUCGAAGCUUUUGAUCUGGAGACCCGUACAUGGACCCGACACCCAAGCCUGCCCAGCCGCCGAGCCUUUGCUGGCUGUGCUAUGGCUGAAGGCAGUGUCUUUAGCCUGGGUGGCCUGCAGCAGCCUGGGCCCCACAAUUUCUACUCCCGCCCACACUUUGUCAACACUGUGGAGAUGUUUGACCUGGAGCAUGGGUCCUGGACUAAGCUGCCUCGUAGCCUGCGAAUGAGGGAUAAGAGGGCUGACUUUGUGGUCGGCUCCCUAGGGGGCAACAUUGUGGCUAUUGGGGGCCUCGGGAACCAGCCAUGCCCUCUGGCCUCCGUGGAGAGCUUCAGUCUGGCACGGCGACGCUGGGAGGCACUGCCUGCCAUGCCUACAGCCCGAUGCUCCUGUUCCAGCCUACAGGCUGGGCCCCGGCUGUUCGUUAUUGGAGGUGUGGCCCAGGGCCCCAGUCAAGCUGUGGAGGCACUGUGUCUGCGUGAUGGGGUCUGAAGGCCUGGGGAGACCUGUCUAUCAGAGCAGCUCAGUAGAGAAGCAGAUUGGGCUCCUUUUCAGCGCUGAGGGAGCUCCCCAUGGCUCUGUAGGAUGAGGGAGGCACAGGAGAGGGCAGCUGAGUUACUGCCUUAGGUACUGGGGUUGGAGGAGCCUUUGUCUUUAGCACAGGACACACAUGCUUACACCUGUUUUUACCACCAUCCACUCACAACCAUAGCUAGCUCCAGCACUUAUAGGUCCUCUGUCAACUCUGAAGUCGAAGAGAAGAGCCUUGGUCUCAUAGGCCCCGAGAGUUGACCAGGCCUUCGCCAGUGGCCAUUCUGGAAAAGUCUGAGGGUCCAGCCUUCCCUGAGGGUCCCUGUGACCCUAGGAGUAUUCUGAGUCUGGAGAUCACAGCAGAAAUGGAGGAGAGAAUAUGGGGACUGCCGGAGGGUCAGAGGACUGCUGGCUUUGUGCCCUCUAACCUGGGGCAAGCCGUCUCACCUCUCUGUGCCUCGGUGUCCUCAUUUGUGAAUGGGGAGCUCUGAAACUUUCCUGCCCCACCUACCUCACAGGGCUGUUGUGAGGACCCAGGGAGUUUGGAUGUAGAAAUAAAAAACCUGAUGAAG